AUGCAUAUUUCAUUAAGAAAUUGGCGUGAAGUCCAUUCACCGAAACUAUUCUAUCCAGCAGUUGGACGUCUUCAAAUCGCUUAUCGUUUAACAACAAAUGGAAAAUUUCAAGAAGCUGUUGAAAAAUUUCGUUCAAUAUUAUUAUCUGUUGCAUUAUAUAUUGUUGAAUCACGUCAAGAUAUUCUUGAGAGUCAACAAUUAACUGAAAUAUUAUUAAGUGUUCGCGAAAAAAAUCCAAUUGAUGAACAUCCAUUAAAUUAUGAUGAAUAUAAUCCAUUUAAUAUUUGUACAGCAUCCUAUGUACCACAUUUAUCGAAUUCAUUAUCUGGUACAGCCCAUUUACCGGAUUUUAUAGGACAAUUAUGUCGUGUUACAAAACCAACUGAAAUUGGAAAAGAAUCUAUUGGUCUUAGAAUUUCAAUGAGUCAAUUUUAUAAUCAUCAUGGUGAUGAAAAUCUUGACUCUACUAUAGAAAAACAUGAUCUUAAUGAAGCAUUUCCAAGAACUUUUAUAAUAACAACAAUGAAACGAGAAACAACAUAA